UCCGCGCUCCGGCUACGCCGCGACGCUUCCACUCCAGCGCAGCGCCGCUCACAACCUUCCAGACAGCCUCUGGCGCCUCACUCCGGAGCGUCGCCUACCGCAAGCUCUUCCGCGGUCGCCAUGGUGACCAUCUCGCAAACGCAGUGCGUGACGCUGCGGCGCCGGUCGCCGCCUCGGCCGCUGGACGCCAAGCCGUCGCCACUGACCGCCCAGGCGCCGAAGUCGGCGGGUACGACGCUGCGCUCCGCUCUGGAGCAGCAGCAGGGUCACCAGCAGCAACAGCAGCAGCUGCAGCACACGCCGCGGCUGCGCAUCGUCUGGUUCAACGCCCUCGGUUUCCUCGCGCUGCACAUCACUGCCGCCUACGGCCUCUGGAUAGGCGUCGCCUACGGCCGCGUCCUCUCCUGGCUGUGGGCUAUCCUGGUGGGCGUGGUGUCGGGCCUCGGUGUAACUAUAGGCGCCCACCGGCUGUACACGCACCGCAGCUUCCGCGCCACGUGGGGAUUGCGUCUGGCACUCGUCACCCUACACACCAUCGCUGGGCAGAACUGUCUGUACAUCUGGGUGCGCGACCACCGGCAGCACCAUAAGUACAGCGACACGGACGCCGACCCGCACAACGCCACCAGGGGCUUCUUCUUCUCGCACAUCGGCUGGCUCAUGGUGCGCAAGCAUCCCGACGUCAUCCGGCUCGGCAAGACCAUCGACCUGACGGACCUCGAGCAGGACGCCUUCGUUAUGUUCCAAAAGAAGUACUAUAAGACGCUGUACGCGAUAUUCUCCAUCAUGCUGCCUGUGGCCGUGCCGAUCUACGCGUGGAACGAGCAGCCGUGGAUUUCUCUGAUGCUGUGCUACUUCACCAGAGCCAUCCUAACCCUCAACAUCACAUGGCUCGUCAACAGCUGGGCACACCUCUACGGCACCAGGCCGUAUAACAACCGCAUAGAGCCCGUGGAGAGCGAUUUCGUGUCCUUCCUGUCGUUCGGAGAGGGCUGGCACAACUACCACCACUCGUUCCCGUACGACUACCGCGCCGCCGAGCUGGGCCAGCGCUACGACCUGUCCACCCGCAUCAUCGAGUGGCUGGCGCGCCGCGGCUGGGUCACCGACCUCAAGGCGGCCUCCGCCAGCUCUGUGGUCAGCCUGGCGCUGGCGCACGGCGACGGCAGCCACCCCGUCUGCCAGCCGGGAGCGGGCGCCUCCAAGGCCGCCGACGCCGACGCCGCCCCCGCGCCCCAGGAGCCCGCGGCCGGCAAGCACUUUGUGGAGGCGCUGCCCGCGCCGGGCCAACCCCCGGAGCCCGGACUCAGCAUCGCCUGAGCAGCGCCAGGGGAACCCUCACCUUGACAGUCAGUUCGAUGGCGCUUCCCGUCGUCUGCUUCGUUGCUGACACCACCCGCAAGCACAGAACGCGACAGUACAACACACCCCUUCUCUCGGCACAGAUCCGAAGAGACUCUGUUCGCUGUGUUUUGGUGUAAGAAGUGACGAAAACUUUGUUAAUACUAUGACGUACUCUGUGAUAUCUGUUAUGAGCAGUGUUCUUCCGAAAGCCCAAAAAAGUGAACUAGUUUCCUUUUCUACGCCUGUCGCAGCACAUAGACAAUGACAAAGAGACCCAUUCAUUAUCUUUGAUCAUCAGUCAGUCGAAUGAUCACCGUAAAAUAACAGACAGAAAGAGAGAGCUCUCUACUUAAAACUGUGGGCCAAUUAGGGAGUCGAAUUCUGAACCUCGCCUAUCGCAGGCAAUUUUCUUGCCAAUUGAGCCGCCUGUAAAGUCUCAGGAGGACAGAGGAGGAAGAGGGACUGAGGAGAUUCUGAGAUCUGCACGCUUUAUUGUUAAGCGCUUACCCCGCGAUGGACAAUGUUCAGUGUUUGUUUCUCGCUGCACAGUUCCCUUACUACAUAUUGCUCCAAUUCUGCAUACGCCCCAUAUUCUACAAUCUGCUGUGACAACUGAAGUAGUUGAAACGAAGUGUCUUUCAUUUUAAAUGAUUUUAUUUGCAUUUACUGAAUCCUACAAACUAACACGUUAUCAGACUUUGUCAUUGCGUUACAUAAACCAGUCAGAUAAAUGGCCAUCAUAUCCAUAAUUGUGAAUAGAGUUGCUGUAGCCCUGUUCGAAUGAUUUUACAUAUGUCAAUAAUAAUUUCCUGUAACUCUGAACUAUCAAAUAGCCACUUGAACGUAUAUGAUUCGAGUCAUGUAAUCGUAUAAUUGUAAGACUACGCACAGUUAUUUUAUUUAUUAUUGCUUAGGUGCUUAAGUUACUGAACUGCACACUGUAAACUGUAUGGGACAUUAUUUUAUGUAAAUGCAAUAUUUUUUAUGUAUAGCAAAUAAAGUGACUGAAUGUCUGUACUUUAAAUCA